AACAUCAUCUUGCUGACAUGACGACUGUCAGCCGCGGUCCACCUGACUUAUGCCCGCGGACCACACUUUGAGAACCACUGCUUUAGUUGCCCACACGAACAAAGGAGUGGGGGUUUCACAUUUAUUCACCCUAACGUCCUACCGUCAUCAACUUUCACUAAAUUUUUACUCCCGCUUCGAGGAAGGAGCGAUGUAAGGUGUUGUGGAAUCGUGGGUAUGGUGCAAAACAAGUUUGUCUCACUCCUAGGAAACCGCUUGUUAAUCGAUAAUAUAAAGUAACCUGCCCACUUUUGUGCACAUGUAAGCGAUGUAAAUAGGGGUUCAAGUAUGCAAGGUUGCUAUGGUGUCAUCGCACUGUCAGCAGCACAUUGACAGAUCAGAUCAUCUCUCAUAUCCUGUACAUUCUCCAUGGGCCUGGUAGCUGCUUACAAAAAGAGAAGGGUUUGUAAAAUAAAACUUGUCUCCUGUCGAACAUAAGCUUUCCAAUUCGUCCCUGCCUGCAAUUACAAAUGCCAAGAGACAUUAAGCUAGGUCGUGUGCUCAUUGAGGGCAAGACCAAAAUUGUCUACGAGCUCACGGAGACACCUGGUCAGGUGCUGCUGCAGUCUAAAGAUCGAAUUACUGCAGGAGAUGGAGCAAAGGCGCACAACCUUGAGGGCAAGGCUGCCAUUUCCACUGCCACCACUAGCGCCAUUUUUGAACUUCUUAAUAAUGCUGGGAUUAAAACACAUUUUGUUAAGCGCCAUUCAGAUACAUCCUUCAUUGCCCGCCGGUGUGAGAUGAUUCCCAUUGAGUGGGUUACACGACGAAUAGCCACCGGAUCUUUUCUAAAGAGAAACCCUGGAGUACGAGAAGGCUACCGUUUUUGCCCUCCCAAGCUGGAAACUUUCUUUAAGGAUGAUGCAAACCAUGACCCUCAGUGGUCAAGGGAGCAGCUGAUUGAAGCAAAACUAAAUGUUGGAGGCGUCACAAUCGGUACUGAUGAGUAUGAAAUACUGGCGAAGUCAACAGUUACCAUUUUUGAGAUUCUGGAGAAAUCCUGGGCCUCUGUUGACUGCACUUUAGUCGACAUGAAGAUUGAGUUUGGUGUGCAGACAGACACUGGAGAACUGGUGUUGGCUGAUGUCAUUGACAGUGACUCGUGGCGAUUAUGGCCUGCUGGCGAUCGCCGCCUUAUGAAGGACAAACAGGUUUACAGGGAACUAAAAGACGUAACACCUGAGGCACUGGAGACAGUCAAAAGGAACUUUGCGUGGGUGGCCGAGCGUGUAGCUCUGUUGUCACCCAAACCCCAUGCACGUGUUGUGGUCAUCAUGGGCUCACCUACAGACACAGGGCACUGUGAAAAGAUUUGUGCAGCCUGCAGGCAGUAUGGAGUGCCUUGCGAAAUGCGCGUCUGUUCAGCACAUAAAGCUACUGAUGAAGCACUGAACAUACUUGCAGAAUAUGAAGGGGAGGGAAUUCCAACCGUUGUUGCUGUUGCUGGUCGAAGCAAUGUGGGUCCAGUUUUGUCUGGUACUGCAUGGCCAGUGAUCAACUGCCCACCUUUGUCAUCUGACUGGGCUGCUCAAGAUAUAUGGUCAUCACUGCAUUUGCCUUCUGGGCUUGGCUGUGGUACUGUUCUUAUCGCUGAAGCAGCAGCCUUAAAUGCAGCUCAGAUUCUGGGGCUCUCAGAUCAUGUGAUCUGGAGCAAAUUGCGGGCAAGUCAGCUGAAUACAUGGAUUGGACUGAAAAUGGCUGACAAGAAAGUUCGUAAAGAUUAGAUAAGCAAUUUGGUGGGAACAUCUUAAGUACUCUUUUUGAAGAUUUUGUACAUAGAUUGAACUGAGACAAUGGAUUUACUUUUCUCUGCCAGUUUGUUGCUUAAUGUUCCCCUUUUAUGUCUUCAGUCUUGUUGUUCAACAGGAUAGAAGCAUAUUGCAUUUUGCAAGCUGACUUUCAAAUUAAUUUUAAAAUUAUUUAUCGUUUCUUUAAACUUAGGGCUACGGUUUUUUUUUUUCAAACAUUCCAAAAUUAAUAGAAUUUUUGUGUCACCUUGCUACCUCACCUGUAGCAUGAAAGGAUAUGUGGAUUGCACAUGCAUUGCUUGCAUGUUAGAGAGGAAUUUGUUUAUUCGUUGAAUAAUCAUGCUUUCUAUACACCUUUAGAUCUGAGCAUUCAUAAUUUUUGUUUCAAGUGUUCUAUAAAAUCAAAAAUUCCUUCUAUAUUGUACUUUUAGAAGUGUGUGCUGAAACAUUUCAUGCUGAAAUUUGGUUUGGUCUUUAUUUUACCCACCCUCGUGACUAUCACAGAAGAUAAAUAAAUUUUUUAGUUUUAGUGCCAGUGGUUGGCAGCACUGUAUAUAGCUGAUCAUUGGAUUUUAAUUUUUAAGUUCCAAAAAGGACGACAAAAUGUACAGCAAACUAAAUGACUAAUAAGACGACAUUGGCCUAACAGCUGAGAAAAGCUUUCUGCGAGCAGUUUGUGGAGAAAGUGAUGGCAGUCGAUUCAGAGAUGUGACUGUGUGAGCAUGUUGCAUAAACAUCUGGAGAAGCCACAUGUAUACAAUUCUCAUUUUUCCUUGUGUUUGAAAAGGAAGAAAGUAAAUUCUCACAAUUGGUUUGAAAA